AUGGACGCCCAAGCGCUGGCUGACUGGGACAAUUGCGACAAAAUCGACACCCUUUUCGUGGUCAUCUGUAGCGUCAUUUGCUGGGGAAUUAUCCCUGCUGUUGGUCUGGGUUAUUCAGGAUACUCAACGCGACACAAUUCCCUGGCGUCCUUCUUUCCCGCAUUACUGGCGCCUAUGGCGAGGGCAAUGGAUUUUAUUGGCGGUUUGAAAUAUGUCUUCCCCCAAGGCGUACUUGCGCAGCCCGUGCGCACCAUUCCAGCCAUCUUGUUCAGUGAAUUUCAGCUUAUCUUUGCCGCCACCGUUGCCGCAAUUGCCGUUGGAGGUGCCUGUGAACGAGGCAGACUGCUUCCCCUGAUCCCAUUUAUUUUUCUCUGGUCUACCUUCGUAUACUGCCCGCUGGCGCACAUGGUUUGGUCUGAAUCUGGAUACCUAUACCAAAUGGGGGUCCUGGAUUUUGCUGGUGGGACCCCUGUUCACAUCUGCAGUGGUACUACUGCGACGGCUAUCUCAGUUUACCUCUCGCACCCUCUGUUCCGUUCGCGAAAAUCCGCUAUGCGGACGCCAUCGCAUCUGAAACUCCACAAGCCACAUAAUACCAUCUCCCAAUUGUUGUCCUUGGUCACUAUCUGGGGGUCCUGGCUCGCCUUUGACGCUGGCACCACGCUGAGUUUCAACUUCAAAUCGGUCCAUGCUCUUUGCGUUACCAAUCUCUGCGCAGCUGCCGGAGCGCUGACAUGGAACCUCAUCACCUACUAUGAAAGCGGCAAAUUCUCCCUUGACUCUACGUUUCUCGGAGCUAUCUCUGGGUUAGUCAUGAUUACCCCAGCGGCUGGGUUCAUCAGCAUGACAACAUCCUUGUUCUUCGGCUCUGCCGGAGCAUUGAUUUGUCGUCAGGCGCUAAGAAUCAAAUUCACUUCUAUUGCCCAUCGACUGAAAUGGGUGGACAACGGUGAUAGCUUUGCCACACACUGCGUUGGAGGCUUUGUAGGGACUAUUGCUACUGGUCUCUUUGCCAGUCGAGAAGUAGCUGCUUUUGAUGGAGCGACCGAAAUCAUCGGCGGGGCUUUUUUUGACGGCAACCUACGGCAGGUCUCCAUCCAGAUCUUUGAAGCCAUCAUCGGUUUUGCCUGGACUUUCGGGGCUUCCUAUCUCAUUUUUGCCUGCCUGGACUGCAUCCCUGGUCUAGAGGUUCUGGCAAUAGACAACCACGUCCUUUCUGGAUUGGAUACCGUACAAGUGGAAGAAUCACUCCACAGUGCACAGUGGAAGGACGAAGAGAACUAUUCAGCUCUAGAAUCAUUGGGCAGCGUUUGUUUGGUGUAG